AUGAGAGAGAAGCUCCUUUCUUUGAAGAAAGAAUUCGAUCCCAAGCAGAUGAGGAAUCUUGAGCCAAAGCUCGUGGAAACGACUGAAGAGAUCGAGGUUCUACAGAACGGGAUGAAGAAGGUCCAUCCUUCCGACAUGGAUUCAGUCGAGGGCCUCUCUACGGAGCUUAAAGAUGCCACAAAGGCGUUACAAAACGUCGCAGAAGAAGAGAGCUCUUGUAGAGAGCUGGUGAAUCCUCUGAGGCAGGAACUGGAGGACAUGAAGAUGGAGCGCAUCAGUUUGGAAGCACGGGAAGCGGACUUGGAGAGCACCGUGAAGAACCUUCAAGCUGAAUUGGUCCAACAAAAGCAGGAACAAUAUCAUUGGAAGGUUGUGGAGUCAGAAAAUUUGGCGGAGAUGAAGUUGGCAGCGGCAGCGUUUCAGAUGGAAGCAGGGAACACCAAGAAAAGCGAGGCAGAGAAGCAGAAAGAGGUGAUCCUGAAGGAGAUCGAGGAGAUUAAGGAGGCCACAGAGUUCGCCAUAAAGCAAGCGGAGAUGGCCAAGGCGACGAAGAAGGCUGUAGAGGUUAAAAGUCAAUCUUUUGUUUCACAACUGAGUGCAGAGAAGCAAACAGAGAUGGACAUGAACGAGAUUCAGCUCUCAUCAGUUUCUGCUAUAACAAGUCAAAACCACAAGUGA